GUUUACAACAGGCUUGCUGCAAUCCCAUCUCUUGUGACGGUGUAUCUGGGUCGUCAGAGUCAGGAGGGAUCCAACCCAAACGAAGUUAUUCGGAAAGUAGCACAGAUCACUACUCACCCUAACUACAGUUUUAUAACUCUCAACAAUGACAUUGCCCUGCUGAGGCUCUCUGAACCAGUGAACUUCACCAGUUACAUCUCCCCGGUCUGCCUGGCGGACUCAAACAGCUCCUUCUACAGCGGGGAUCCAUCCUGGGUUACUGGCUGGGGCAACACCAGAUAUUAUGAGUCACUUCCUUCCCCAGGAAACCUUUUGGAAGUUGAGGCAGAUAUUGUGGGAAAUGGUCAAUGCAGCUGUGAUUACAGUGAAAUAUUAGGAGACCAGAUUACURACAACAUGAUAUGUGCGGGGUUUCGUGAAGGAGGGAAGGGACCAUGCUUUGGAGAUUCUGGAGGUCCACUAGUGACCAAGCAGGGUGAUCGAUGGAUUCAGGCUGGWAUUGUGAGUUUUGRUAUUGGUUGUGCUGAGCCAAAUCUCCCAGCAGUCUAUGCAAGAGUGUCCCAGUACAAUGACUGGAUCAACAGUCACAUCACCAGAAACCAGCCGGGCUUCAUCAGAUUCAUGUCCAGCGGGACUGAAAGUGGCUUAAACGUUUCCUGUACAACCUCCAACUCUACAAUUCAUCCUCCAACCACAACAACAACUGAACCUCAGCGUGUGGUCUGUGGACAGGCCCCACUGGCUUCCAAGAUUUCCGGUGGAGUUUCUGUGGCGUCGGCCGGUGCAUGGCCGUGGAUGGCCAGCUUACUGAAGAACGGCCAGCACAUGUGUGGAGGGACGCUGGGUACRCUGAAGCUGAGCAUGACAGGAGAAGAAAAAUGA